UGUUUGGAUUGAUCUAGAACAGCAAGUGUCCCAUUUAAAAUCGCGAGUGGGAAACCGGAGUGCCAGUGUUUACAGCAAGUGCUCCAAAAACGAUCCCUGAUCUUACGAGGAGAUUCGCUGAACAUUAUACAUUUCAACCGAACUUCAAAAUAAAAAAGAUAUAUUUCGAGCACCCCAACUAACUAAAGAUACUUCAAGUUUUUGGCUGAUCUCAUGAAAAGCCUUUAGGCCAUUUUAUUUAUAAGGCGUGGCACCGAGUGGUUUUUUGCCACUCUAUACAGGGAAAAUGCCGAACACCGAGAGGCCACGAGCGCGGCCAAAGCUCAGGAACAGGAGCAGGCUUCGGGAUAGGUCCUCCACGCCGGAUGAGGCCCUGGAGAAUCACCUGCAAAAGCUGUUCGAGGAGCAGGAAAUACUGCACAACCUGCUCGUCAGCCAUCGUCCAGUGGUCAAGUCCCAGCUCGAGGACCUUGGGGGAGAGAGCAACUACGAGUUCGACACGCCGGACGAGGAGCCGGAGGAGGAAAAGGUCCCUAACUUAAAGGAACCCAUUGAGGAGGAGCCCGACUUGAAUAACGAACCAGAACAUGUAAUCCUGGCCGAGGAUGUGGACGACUCGAGUCCUCCGAAGUUCGAGGAUAUUCCGCUUCUGCCGCCGCGAAUGUAUCCGUAUCGCAAGAAGCACAUCUCGAGUGUGAUCCCAAUACCGAAAUCGGUGGGCAAAUGCACUCCACCCAAGCUCUCAGGCCAGGGCUUCGAUCCGCCCUUCCUAUAUCCCGAGUUCGUUGCCAAAAAUGAGGGAAGUCGUGUCAAGUACAUCUUCACCUUGGUGGAUGGUUUGGUGAUGCAAAUGGAGCGUUUUCUUAAGCUGAGCGAGCGUUCGGUUGGCGAAGGAGCCCUGAAAAAGCCUUCCACAGGCACUGUUCCCAAGUGUAAGUCUCAAAACCAGUUGAACAUGGAUCGAGUGGGCCAGGCCAAGUACACGAUAACUGUCAAUCCCCGUUCGAGGGAGCCAAAGCCACACAGUCAGUCCAAGGAUCAUCGUUCGACCAAAAAAAGAGAGCAGUCGCAUAGCCAAAUGUCGAGAAUAAGUUCUGAGCCGGAUUUCGAUUUGGAUUGCGAGUUCGGCAUGGAGCACAUCGAGAAAUUUCGAGCCAACCGGGUUCGUCAUGAGUUCCCCAAAGGACGUGGUAGUGAAUAUGGUCCGGAGAAACCAACUGAUACUACCGAUGCUGCACGGGAAGUGUGUGCAGAUGCUGGAGUAUAUUCAGCAAGCAUCACCCUGCCGACAAUGGAGAAUGAGUUUUCGCUGCUCGCCAUCUACCAAGCGGCCAAUGCCAAGGCCCUCAAGAAGCAGAGGAAACGCCAGAGAAGGGAUGACAAUGUCACCCCACGACCUGGUACACCCAUGACACGUCCUUGUUCGCCCAUCGAGGAGGGCUCUCCCCGGUCUGCGGGCCAGGGCACGUUCUAUGAAAUAUUCGCCGGUCACAGGGAUCCCGAUCAGCCCGAAUCGAGCAUCCUCGCGCCCUGGCGACUUCUGAAAGCCAAAGGACCUCCGCCUUUGGAGGACUGGCAAGUGGAAAUCGUUAGGUUUAUGAGAAAGUAUAAUAGGGAAAAGAAGCGGAGGCAAAGGUUGGCGGAAAAUAACGAGGAGGUGGAAGUAACGCCUAGGAAAUCGAAAUCCUUGACGAAACUCCUAAAAAAAUUGGAGAAGUCCAGGAAGGACUUUGAACAAAAAUACUCCGACCCGCCCAAUGAUGGGAGGAAGCUGAGGAAGCUGAGGAAGCAAACCAAGUUCUAUAAGGCCCACAAGAGGCAAAGGGAGUGGCUUAAGUUGUCACGGCAAUACAAGCGACUUCAGUACUUGUACCUCUUCAAGAAGGAGGAUCUCUUCAAGCCCGAUGGUAGGGUGGUGAAGGAGCAGGCAUCUAGGCUAAGUAUUUGGCCCCAAAAACCCAUCACCCCCCGACCCAUGCCCAGAGUUGAGACACCCAAACUUCCCACUAAUGUUUGGCCAGCUGAUAUGGAACCCGACGCGAACGCAGAAGUCCCCGAGCAGGUGGACCGGGGCCAGAGGUUGAAGAAUCUCCUCAUGGAUGGGGUACGCCUGAAGCGGCAGGAGAAGCUGCGUCACCUGGUGGCACCCGUAGAUCCCCUCAAAGCCGUCUACGUGCCCCUGCUCCGGAGGCGAACUAAGCUUCUGUACUUAAACCACUCGGAGGGGAAGAUGGAAGGGGAGUUGCAAAUAGAUCCGGACAGUCCCAGGAGCUUCUAUUCCACUUCCACGGGUCUCAGUGCCCGGAAAGGCUGUAGCACCCGCAGGAGCAGUUUUAGCACCCUCUCCAGCUUCAGUUGCUCCAAGUCCAUGGCCUCGGUGAGCACCCUCUUCUACGAUGCCAAGCUGCCACCACAAGAUGUGCAGACCGUGGAUGGGGCCCUCCAGAAAGGGAACAUUACGUGCGAUGUGAAGACAGCUACUGGCUUGCCUCUCUCUGAAGCUGGAAAUGUACCAGAAAUCGAGGAAAAGAAACGCGCAGCCACAGGGGGCUACAGGGAGGCUAAAAAAGAGUCACCUGGGUAUACGGAAGUGCCACUCGAACGGUAUUCCGAUUUCAGGCGGUACUACGACAUAGAUGCCGUCUCCCUGCAGAUACUGCAUUGGAUGUCUAGGAUGAAACCCAAGCGAAGCAAGCCACCCAUCGAGGGUCUGGCCAGGAUCGCGAAGUACAUGGAUCAUUUCUACUGGAAUCGCUUGCUGCGCGACGAGCUCUUCUUCCAUUGGUUCGUCAACGAGGGCUUCUUUGCGGCCCACUAUCUCACUGCGCUGAAGGAGGCCCAGGAGCUGGAGCUGCUGGCCAACGACCAGCUGGAUGAGCAGAUCUUCGAGUACAUGGAACAAGUGAAUAAGCCGGAUGGGAGGCCACUCCCACUGACCUGGCAGAUGGGCUAUGUGAUGGUGACCUCCUAUUUCCGGGUGCUCCACUGCAGAGCCAGCUCGAAGAAGAGACAGGUGGAGGAUAGAUUCCUGCUCAGAUGCCGCAUGGCCAUCGUGGUGGUGGAGCACUUUCAGGAGGAGCAGGGCCGGCGGGUGAUGAAGGAUGCGGUCAACUGCCGGCGACUGCUGGAGUGGGCCUUCCGGCACGAGGGCCGGCUUGUCCGGGUGUGCGACGAGCCGCUGGCCUAUGCCGAGGAGCGGGCCGGCAUCGACACCUGCCUGGUGAUGCGCACCCCCAACCUAGAGUCCUUCAACGAGUUCUACUACCGCCGGGUGAUGCCCCGACCCGAUGCCCUGGCCAUCAAUCCGCUGCUCAACAAGAUCCGGCGUUAUCCGAACCGAGGACGCCUGCAGCUGCACGAGUUCGAUUGCCCCGUGCAGGGCUGUGGCACGGGCCUGAACUCCAGGGUGCUGAUGUCCCACUUCCUCACCGACCACUGCCGCCGCCUGGAGGAGCUCUGGCUCUCGGACCGCAUGGUGCUGAUGUUCUAUCCCAGCUCCUAUCCACCCACGACGAUCUACUGCAUCUGCGUGAUCGCUUUGCUGAUGAAAAUGCCCAGCAAGGCGACGCCGGUGCCCAGGAUCAUACUCAAUGAGGAGUUGCCCUCGAAGUACCUGUAUUUCGCCGAGCAUGCACCCUGCCUCCUGAUGUACGCCCAGGUGCAGAGGUCAACGGUGGAGGCCACGGCGGUUCAGAAGCUGCCGCCGGCGGCGGGUCCAUGGGAAGUCGGCGAGGGGCAAAAGAACACCAUCUACAUCUUCUGGCUGGCCAUUCCGGACUGCAAUCUCAAGAAUGUGUGCUGUCGCGUGUACAUCUAUUGCCAGGAUCGCAGUCUCCGGGGCAGGUCUCUCUUGGAUUUCACGAAUAUGUCCAAGUUCAAGGGCGUGGCCGACCUGUUCAUCAACCAUCCGAAGAACUAUCUGGCCAUCGAUUAUCCCACCAUGGCCUCGCUGACGAAGGACUUCACGGAGAUGCUCUUCAUCGAAGUGCGCUAUGUCAAUAAGUUGGUGGACGAUCCCGAGGACUCUGGGGAUGAGACCUUUGAUGUUUAGAAGGGGGUUGAGAGCGUCAUUGAAGAAAAGCUUGAUGCCGAAGCGGUUGACUUUUAAAAGUCCUUACCUAUAUAUAUAUUUUUAUAAGCUCUUGUGGCUGCCAAAGAAAAAUUGUUAUGUCAUUUACAAUAAACAAGCAAAUGGUUGUGGGUAACAAAUAAUAAUAAUAAAUUAUGGAAGUUACAAA